AUGCUUAUUAGGUUAUCCACAAACAUCAUCAAGAGAAUUAGAUAGACAUACUGUGUUCAGGUAUCUGCUCCAUAAUAUCCAAGAAUUCCACUAGAACUCAGUUGGAAACCAUAAGCAAAAUUGAUGAUCUAGAAAAAGUGUAAUAAGAAUGGUUGGAUUUGGUUAAAUAAAAAGGCAAUAAUAAUCAUGAUCAAGAUGAUGAUAUUGAAGAGCAGGAGGACAAAAAAGAAGCCAAAGUCAAUGACGACUUAUAAGAAAGUGAAAGUGAAUCCGAUGAUGAUGAUGAACCUAAGGGGGGAAGGAAGAUACCUUUAGUUGAAUUAGUCAAAGGUUUUAUUCCAAGACUUUUAAGACCAGAACCUCAGGAAUGAC